AUGGAUCUUUUACCUAAAGUAUGGUAUGAGCAGGCCAGCAGUAUCGAAAAUUCGUUAGUAGCGUCCGCGUCUAAAGAUUAUCCGUCUAGCAACCCGUCAAAACCCUCGCAAUCCCCGGCUAAAACCCCGUCGAAAAAGUCUCUCGCCAAAAAGGCUCGACGAAAAUCCGGAGGGGCGGAAACCGCAAGCACGGGCGAAGAUGCAUCCGCGGAAGCUGACGCGGAAGCUGGCGCUUCUACUGGCACAAACGGGAACUCGGGGGAAGGCGCAGGGGCGGGUGGAGGGGGUCAGGCGGAAGACCCGCGCGGGGGGCUGUCGGAGGCGGAGUGGAUGGCGUUGGCGGAACAGCUUCGGGGGGAAGGGGACGCACUUUUGAAGGAGGCGGCGGAAGCUUAUGAGCGGCGCAAGGAGAGCAGCAGCGAUGCCAGGUGGCUCGCUGCCGUCCGUCGAUCUGGAACGGCCGCGGAUCGUGUGGCCGCGCUGACUGUGGUUAUACAGGAUGACCCUGUAGCGAAUCUUUCCAACCUGGACGCGUUACUGGGAGGGAAGGUGACUGUAGCGGGGGGAGAUGCGGGCAGGAGGCUGCUGCGGCUGUGGCGAUACGAGGAGUGUUUAAAGGAGCGGUUUGAGAGGUUUCUGGAGGGGUUGGAGGAGGGCGGAAAGGACGUGGUCGAGUUUGUGCGGGAUAAGGUGCUUCGGAUUCUGCAUGCCCUGCUGUCGAGCAAAGCCGAGGGGGAGAGGAGGGUGCUGCUGGCUCUGGUUAAUAAGCUGGGGGAUCCCAGUCGCAAGGUGGCCUCGAAAGCCAGCUACCUGCUGGGGUGUCUGCUAGACGCCCACCCCAACAUGGCCCCCGUGGUGGUGAAGCACGUGGAAGCGUUUGUCUUCCGCCCCAACAUCAGCACGCGCGCCCGGCACUACGCAGCCGUCUUUCUGAAUCAUAUUACUUUGUCCCACAAGGGACUGGGUCCCAUGCUCGCGAGGCAGCUCAUUGACCUGUACUUUGCGCUGUUUAAAGUGGUGACGGACCGGUUUGUGUCGGCAGCAGCGGCGCCGGGAGUGGGAGGUGUGGAGGGGCAUGAGUUGGAGGCGGAUAGUGCACUGCUGUCCGCUCUUUUGACAGGUGUGAAUCGGGCCUUUCGUUACGUGGCAGAGGACGACGUAACAGAGGUGAUAGAGACACACACCCCCCUGCUCUUCCGCAUGGUGCACGCAGCCAGCUUCAACCUGGGCGUGCAGGCGCUUCUGCUGCUCUUCCAGCUCAUGGCCAAGAGCGCGGCUCUCAGCACCCGCUAUUACCGCGCGCUCUACUCUGUUCUGUUCUCUCCUGCUCUCGCUAAAUCCUCCAAGGGUCCCAUGUUUAUGGCGCUGGUGUUCAAGUCCAUGAAGGCGGAUGUUAACUUACCGCGCAUAGCAGCGUUUGCCAAGCGGCUGCUGCAGGUGGCGCUGCAGCAGCAGGCAACCUUUGCGUGCGGCGCGCUGCUUCUCAUCUCGCAAGUGCUCAAGCUGCGACCCAUGCUGUGGACUGCCAUCUUGGAACCCGAAGCAAAUACAGACGACGUGGAGCAUUUCGUGGAUGCGGAUAAGGAGGCUGCUACUAACGAGGAUGGAUUUAUUGAGGGGAAGAAAGAGCGAGGGAAAGGAGGGGAGGAGGGAGAUGAGGAAGAGGAUGGAGAGGAAGAGGGAAGGCAGAGGAGGGAGGGAACGUAUGAUCCCAAGCAGAGGGAGCCGUCCCUAUGUCACGCGGAUAGGGCCUGUUGGUGGGAGCUGGCAGCAUUGGCAGCGCACGUGCACCCCACAGUCUCUCGUCUCGCCGCCUCUUUACUCUCAGGGGAGCCCGCCUCCUUCACAGGCGACCCCAUCCAGGACCUCUCCCUCUCCGCCUUCCUGGAUCGCUUUGCUGAGAAGCAGCAGAUGCGGAUGAAGGCUGCGGGGAGGGAGAAUGCAGCUUCUGCUGCUGCGGUGGCCGCAGCGGGAGGGAGGAGAAGCGUGGGGUUUGCGGGUGGGGUGGGGAGGGAUGGGGGGAAGGAUGGGGGGAAGGGGGAGCAGGUUCAGGCGCAUGAUGCGUUUUUUCACCAGUUUUAUGCGAUGCAAGGGGUGUUGGGUUCGAGAUGGAAUAAAGGGGAGAAGAAGGGGGGAGAGGGUUGGGGGAAGAGAAGGGAGGAGGAGGAAGAGGAGGGAUUGGAUGUUGAUAUGAAGAUUGCAGAGGAUGGCGAUAUGAGAGAGGAUUUGGAGGAGGGGGAUGAGGGGGAGGAGGAAGAAGAGGAGGAGGAAGACGAAGAGGAGGAAGAUGAGGGAGAGGAAGGGAAAGGGUUUGCAGGGGGAGGGUUCCUGGAAGUUUCGGAUGAUGAUGAGGCUGCUGACGAGGCGAUCAAGAAUUGGAUGGAGGAGGAGGGAGGCGAUGGGGGGAGCGAUUUGAGUGAGGGAGAAGAGGGUGGGGAGGAGGAGGAGGUGGAGGAAGAGGAGGAUGGGGAUGGGGGCUUUGAGUUUGAUUAUGAUGACAUGGAUGAUUUGGCUGGGGAGGAUGCAGUUGGGGAUGACGAGGAGGAAGAGGAGGAAAUGGAAGAGGAGGGGGAAGAGGAAGAGGAGGAUGAAGGUGAGGGUGAGGGUGAGGGGGAGGGGAAUGGCGGGGAGGGAGAAAGUGAGGAGGGAGAAAGUGAGGAGGAACAGGAGGUGAUAGCAAUCAAGUCGAUUGCAAAGAAGGGAGGCAUCACUGGGAAGGCAAAGAAGGGAGGUGGACUAGAGAAGAUACAGAGAGGAGGGAGCAAGAGAGGCACAGGCGAUCGUAUUGAUAAUAAUGGCGAUGUGGGGAAGCCUUUGAAAAAGCAGCGGAAAGGGGAAGUGGGGGUUGAUGCUGCUGGGGGGAAAUUCAAGAGAGCGGACGAGAAGAGCCGUGGUGGAAAGAUGCAAGGGGCAACUCCUUCCUCCCCUAUCGCACCACCCGCACACAACCCGCAACAGUGCAUUCUCUGCGCGCCUCUUCCGCCCAACUCUUCCACCCCGCUCUCCUCCGCUCCCCUCUUCCGCGCCGCUCUUCCGCCCCGCACUUCCGCCUGCAUCCUCCUCCCGCAACUUCCGCGCCCUCCUCGCCUCGACCAUCACCCGCUUCAAAUCCCUAAAUCCAUCCACCGCGUCGCUGCUCUCUGCCUACCGAUGUUCGCCACGUGGCUGCGCCUCGCGGCCCGUCAGACGCACGUGGGCGAGGCGGCGGAGAAGGGUUCCGCGGCGGUUAUCCUCCGGAUAGUGCGGGAGCACGGACCGUGCAAUAAGAACGUGCUAUGGACGCAUGCAGAGGAAGCGGGUGUGAAGAGCAAGCGGCACAUGAAGCUCAUGCUGCGGUGGCUGAUAGAGAAGAAUCAGAUCCGCAUCAAGUGCCUCACACAUGACCCCUCAGCGCCACAUCAAGCAGGUUCAGCAGGGUCAGCAGGUUCGGCAGGUGGAGCAGCGGCUUCUGCUGCUGCUUCGAGGGGAGCUGGAUCGGGUGCUUUUGCUGCGGCGGCAGCGGCUAGAGUGCAACCGGCAGGUUUGAAGAAGAGAGCGACGAAGCAUGUCUCUGCAGAGAAGGAAUUUAUUUACUCCAUUGCCCCCAGAUAUGUUCCACCAAGCUCGUGA